UGUACACGCGCUCUCGUACUCACACUGCAGCACACGCCACCCAGUGUCACCGGCCCGGGGGGACCCGAGGGAAGGAGCUGCCUGGAAGGGAACGGCGCCGGGAACAAAUUCUUCCCCCGCCUCCCGCGAGCUCUUCCCCCGCCCUGCCGGGCUCCUGCCCCGCCCGCCUCCUCGCAGGACUGGGAGGCCAAGGCCGCGAGAGGCCCGGGCUCCUACGAGGGGUGGGGCCCGGCCGAGCUGGGGCCCUCGUUGGGACCGGGGAGACGGCUUGGCGCGCAGCCCCGCGCCCGCGGCGUGGUCGCAGGCCGGGAGCGGUGGGUUAAUGUUUUAACCACCUGCUCGGGGCGGUCGAGGUCCUGGUCGCCGUCUCAGGCUCCGCCCCCUCCCUGGAGCGCCCCCCACCGGAGAGCCAAAACUGCCCCCUGCGGAGGUGCGUCCCCGGGACCUGCCGCGCGUGCCGGGGAUCCCGGCUGCCGCGCCCUAUGAUCUCCACGCCCUCCGCUGCUCCACCUGCCGGACUCAGACUUCAGAUCUGACCUUGGGAGGGUGCGCCUCCCUCCCACCAGCAAGAUGCCCAUCCUCAAGCAACUGGUGUCCAGCUCUGUGCACUCCAAGCGCCGCUCCCGGGUGGACCUCACGGCUGAGAUGAUCAGCGCUCCGCUGGGUGACUUCCGGCACACCAUGCAUGUGGGCCGGGCGGGGGAUGCCUUCGGGGACACCUCCUUCCUCAACAGCAAGACAGGUGAGCCCGACGGAGAGUCGCUGGAUGAACAGGCCUCCACAUCAUCCUCCAAACGCAGCCUCCUGUCCCGGAAGUUCCGGGGCAGCAAGCGGUCGCAGUCGGUGACCCGGGGGGACAGGGAGCAGAGAGACAUGCUGGGCUCCCUGCGGGACUCAGCACUCUUUGUCAAGAACGCCAUGUCCCUGCCCCAGCUCAAUGAGAAGGAGGCCUCGGAGAAGGGCCCCAGCAAGCUGCCCAAGAGCCUGUCGUCCAGCCCCGUGAAGAAGUUGGAUGCCGGAGAGGGCAGUGGGGAGGAGGCGGGUGCAGGGCACCUGGGUCCCCGUCGGAACGGGGCAGUGGGCCCCCACUCCCCUGACCCCCUCCUGGACGAGCAGGCCUUCGGGGACCUGACGGAUCUGCCUGUGGUGCCCAAGGCCAGCUACGGGCUGAAGCACGCAGAGUCCAUUCUGUCCUUCCACAUCGACCUGGGGCCCUCCAUGCUGGGCGACGUGCUCAGCAUCAUGGACAGAGAAGAGUGGGACCCCGAGGAGAAUGGGGGCGGCUACCGUGAAGAAGGAGGCCCGGGCGGUGCCAUCCAGCGCCCCCCUCUAGCUGAGGCGAGCCCUCCCCGGGUGAGGCAGGAAGGCAAGGCCGGCCCAGGCUUGCCUGCGCUGUCCUCCCACGCUCUGGAGGAUGAGGGGUGGGCGGCGGCGGCCCCCAGCCCCAGCUCGGCCCGCAGCGUGGGCAGCCACACCACGAGGGACAGCAGCUCCCUCUCCAGCUGCACGUCGGGUGUCCUGGAGGAGCGCAGCCCGGCCAUCAGGGGCCCAGACAGGGCCCGGGUCACCCUCCCCAGACAGCCUGACAAGGAGCUGUCCUUCAUGGACGAGGAGGAGGAGGACGAGAUCCGAGUGUGAGCCUGUUGGAAGGUCUCCGUCCCCCUCCGAGCUCUCGGGCUGCAUCUCCUCUCUGCCCCCACCCUACUGUGACCUUUGACCUUACCACGCAGGGGCCACCAAGAGCCUCGCAUUAGGCCGUAGACCCUGGACCUCAUGGAUGGGGGCGCUGGCUGAGCCCUCGGAGGACCUGGGGAGCUGAGGGGCCGCGGGGCCCGACCAGAGGUGGUCGCCUGGCUUGGUGCCGCACCGGCCCUGCCUGCAGCUGCGGAGGCCGGGCUGUGCUCUCCUAGCGGGAGGCGUUUUUCCUCUCUCUGCCUCCCUGUCCUCCAGCCUGGCCUCAAAUGGAUGCCAGAUGUCAACCCGAGUUCCUGCCACGUGCAGCCGUCGCAGUCAGCCAGAGGCGGCCUCUGCUCCAGCCAAGGACACUGGGCUCCCUUUUCUCUCCGAUGGUGCCAGGGAGGCCCGGCAGCAGGAGGAAGGGGGCGCUCACAUACUCCAGCUACCCGCCUCCCAACCCCUGGCUCUGCACGGGAAGCCUGGAGCCCCUGGGAGCUCGCUGGAGCAGGAAACCAGCCACGGACAUGGACAGAAACGCGGCCCCUUCUGAGCGGGUGCAGAAGAAAAGCCCUGGGCUUCUUGGAUGUCUAGGAGGCGCCCUUCAGGAUGACACCCGGAGCAGGCUGGGCAUGGCCCUCGGUGCGAGUUCCUUAUCAUCGUGUUCGGAUCCCGGGUAGAGCAAUAUCAGGAAGAGCUUUCCUCGGCCUGCCGCCAGAAGGAAAGUGGAAUCGUUUUAAGAAAACCUUUUUACUGCUUCUCCUGGGAAUUGAGUGGCCAUCAGCACGCUCAAGUCUGGGGCGCGUUGUGUGGCAAAGAACCCCUCCUGACUCCAGCGGUAGGGGGUAGGCGUGUGCUUGUCCCCUCCCCCCCAUGUAGAAAAUUUCGGGAAAUGAUUGUUUCAGUAAUAGGUUAUUGGGGAGCCGUGUCUUGGGCGGCUGCCCUCCCUCCCUCCCACCCUGGGCUCUUCCCCUUCCUUCCUCAGCCUCUCCCUGCCGCGAGGCCAGGAGGUGGUCAGAGUCAGCAAGAACAGAACGAAAAUCAGAAGGCGGGUUAAGUUGGAAUUUCAGGAAAACCGAAGACUUGGUUCUUAGUAUUAGUGUCCCCCUGUGACGUGUGGAACAUCUUACACGGAAAGGUCGUGUGCUGUGUUUCUGAAGUUCAGAUUCUUACUCUGCCUCCUGUCACUCUCCCCAGAAGGCUGAGUAGGAGCCCGGGGGGAAGAUAGCCCGUCCGCCAGGCCUCUGGCCAGCAGGAGGAGGGGGAGAGCGCUAACUGCAGCUGGGGGCCAGGCCAGCCUGGUGGCAGAUGCUCCCUCGCCCGGGUCUGGCGGGACCCUGACUCAGACACUAACCUGGUGCGACCCCGCACCCCUAGGUGCUCCUGUUUCCGGUAGUUUAGCUCCCGCCACGGGCGGGGUGGCAGUGGGUGUGCCGCCCGCCAGCGGCCCUGGGAACCCACCCAGUCAGCUCCAGACUUUAAACUGUGUAUUUUUUUUUCUUGAUAUUGUUAAAGCAGCAAGAAAACAUUA